GAGAGAGAGUGAAGGACGCGCGCGAUAAAAGUGAGCUCUCGAGCCAUGCGAAUAGGACAUGCAGUGUGACUCGGGAGCAAGGAGGACCGUCGUCAGCAUCCCCGGCGUCAUUACCUGAAGGAGCGGGAAAAUGAGCUCGAUCGACUUCGACGAGGUGCUCGUGCACGUCGGGGAGAAGGGACGCUACCAGAACAUCAUGUACUAUCUGCUCUGCAUACCGGCUACCUUACCAGCCGCUUUCCUCGCCUUCUCCCAGGUGUUCGUGAGCGCUUCGCCGGAACACUGGUGCCGGAUACCAGAGCUAGACAAUCUGACGAAGAUCCUAAGUCUGGAGGAUCGCAAGGCCCUUUCCUUGCCCUACAAAAAUAAGUCGGACAGUAAGCGCGACUACUCCAAGUGCCUCAUGUACGACGUGAAUUACACGGCGAUCAUCGAGUCCUGGCUGAGCGCCUCCUACGGAGAUGGGAGCCCUGGGUCCUCGGUGGACGUCCUCGGGCCCGUCUUCGAGGAUGUGCUGCGGGUCGGCCUGCCGCUGGACGGCUUCGGCGACGAGUCCCGCAGCUCCACCGUCAAUCCGGCCUCGCUCCUUCGCUUCCCCAGGCGCCUGCCCCCGCCCCCGGUCAGCGACCCCAGCUGGCCCAUGGUCUACUGUCGCCACGGCUGGAACUACGACAACAGGGACUACGACAGCACCCUCGUUACCGAGCUAGAUCUCGUAUGCGACAACAGUUGGUGGCCUUCGACAUCGACAACCUUCUUCUUUGUGGGCAGCCUCUUCGGCAACGUCGUAUUCGGCUGGAUAGCCGACAAAUGGGGCAGGAGGACGGCAUUUUUAGCGAUCAUCUUCCUCGAGGUUAUAUUCUCAAUAGCAACAAGUUUCAGUCCGAAUUAUGUCGUGUACACCGCGUUAAGGACCAUUAACGGUCUAUUUUUUCCUGCCAUUUAUCAGAUACCUUUCAUUCUGGCCCUUGAGCUAAUGGGUCCGAGGUACAGGACAUUCGCUGGUAUGGUGAUAUGUAUUUUUUUUGCUACAGCCAUGUCAUUGCUGGCGCUUUUAAGUUACUUGCUAAGGAAUUGGUAUACACUUUCGCUGGCUAUUUCCGUACCAUUCGUCUUACUAUUUAGUUAUUAUUGGAUUAUCCCAGAAUCACCAAGAUGGUUACUUAGUAAAAACAGAAUCGACGAGGCGGAAGUAAUUGUACAAACAAUGGCUAGAAUCAAUGGUAAACCGGUGCCUCCAAAUUUUCUUCGGACAAUGGAGCUUGAAAUAAUGCGAAGACAAGGAAUCGCUUGCAACGGCAGAAAUUCCGGCGAAUUAACAGCAGUGGAUCUCGAGUCGGAAAACAGGGUACAAUCGAUCUCGGCGACGCCCAUGGAUUUACUAAGAAAUCCAAAUAUUCGAAAAAAGUUUUUCAUUCUGGCUUUCGACUGGGUUGCAAAUGCCGUCGUCUACAAUGGACUUUCUUACAACACAACGAAUCUUGGAGUUUCAGAUUAUCUCGCUUUUUUCAUAGGCGGAGUAGUUGAAAUCCCAUCGUAUAUUGUUACUUGGUAUGCUAUGGAUAGAUUAGGAAGGCGAUGGGUCCUGUGCAUGACGAUGCUUCUUGGUGGAGUUGCUUGUGUCUCCUGCAUGUUCGUUCCCGAAGAUGCUGUGUGGGUGACGGUAUCGCUGGCGAUGGUCGGCAAGUUCGGCAUCGCCGCGUCCUUCGCCGUCUUUUACGUGUUCGUCGGGGAGCUGCUACCGACGGUGUUGAGGUCGCAGGCGAUGGGUAUCGCCUCUUUCAUCGCCGGCAUCGGUCUCCUCACCUUCCCCUACAUCGUCCACCUGGCGGUCUACUGGAGGGUGCUGCCCCUCAUCGUCAUGGGCUCACUCAGCGUCGCCGGGGCCAUCACCUCCAUAUUCCUGCCCGAGACUCUCAACAUCCAUCUCCCUCAAACGAUCGAGGAGGGCGAGCUUUUUGGCGCGGACUUCAAGCUCUGGUCGUGCCCAACCUUGCCCGCCAAGACAAAGAAGCGCGAGGAGUCGGAGCACAUGCCGCUAAAGUACCUGGCCAACGGAGGUCUCGAGCGUCGGACCUCGAGCUCGGGAGACGGCGCCGAGGUCCCAUCGGUCGCCCCAGUCCUCGGAUCCGGCAUCAGCCCCUGUAGCAGCCCCAGCAGUAGCUCCAGUAGCGGCAGCACCAGGAAUGGCACCAACAACGAGAGCCACUUGUUGGAGAGUCGGAGCUGCUUGUCACACGGUUCAAGCAACGAGGAGGUAAACUUAAGCCGAACGGUGCCGAGGGUCGAGCGCCGACGCGCCAUCGUCGUCGAGGGCCCUGUGCGCUCCACCGUCGUCGGGAUACGUAGCGAAAAAUGAGGGGUAGAAGAAGAUAAGCAAGCUUGAAAGCCGACGGAAAGUAGGGUGGGACGUCUCUUAUUUU